CAGAAGCUGUCGCCCGCCAGAACAACCGAUCCACAAGCCAUUCACCACUAUGCUCAACCUCAAAGCCCUCAAGGAGAAAGACAGGCAGAAGCGAGAGGCGGCCAAGCAGACGACUCGUCCAUCUGCCGCCUUGACGCGCGUCGUCAAGGACGUGAACGAGAUGGACCUGCCCAGCACGUGUCGCACGGUAUUCCCGGACCCGGACGACCUCACGAACUUCAAGGUCAUCGUGUGUCCCGAAGAAGGCUUCUACCGGGGCGGCCGGUUCGUGUUCGACUUCCGAGUCGGCGCCAACUACCCGCACGAGCCGCCCAGCGUGAAGUGCGAGACGUCCGUGUUCCACCCGAACAUCGAUCCCGAAGGCAACGUGUGCUUGAACAUCCUUCGCGACGAGUGGAACCCCGUGCUCACGCUCGGAUCGGUCGUGCUCGGACUGCUGGUCAUCUUUCUGGAACCCAACACUGAGGACCCGUUGAACAAGCACGCCGCCCACAUGCUGCUCCACGAUCGGCAACAAUUCGCGGAAUUCGUGCAGGGCUGCAUAUUCUCGGCGCGUUACGACGCCGGCACCAGCUCCAAUCGCAUGUUCACGUGACUCCCAUAGCGUUGUUUUUUUUUUUUAAUCUAGAAAGUUCUUUUUAGUAACUCGCUGCGUUGUUCCUCACAGUGGUGGACGUCAAUAAACACGCGUGAUUGCGGCGAAGAAAGUUUUUUU